AUGGCUGAACAAUUGAUCCUCAAGGGCACUUUGGAGGGCCACAAUGGCUGGGUCACCUCCUUGGCCACCUCCAUGGAGAACCCCAACAUGCUCCUGUCGGCUUCCCGCGACAAGACCCUGAUCAUCUGGAACCUCACUCGCGAUGAGACCCAGUACGGAUACCCCAAGCGAUCCCUGACGGGCCACUCCCACAUUGUCUCGGACUGCGUCAUCUCUUCCGAUGGUGCUUACGCCCUGUCCGCUUCUUGGGACAAGACCCUCCGCCUGUGGGAGCUCGCCACCGGCACCACCACUCGACGAUUCGUCGGCCACACCAACGACGUCCUCUCCGUCUCUUUCUCUGCCGACAACCGCCAGAUCGUCUCUGGUUCCCGCGACCGAACCAUCAAGCUGUGGAACACCCUCGGUGACUGCAAGUUCACCAUCUCCGAGAAGGGCCACACUGAGUGGGUUUCGUGCGUGCGAUUCAGCCCCAACCCCCAGAACCCCGUCAUUGUCUCCUCUGGCUGGGACAAGCUUGUCAAGACCGACCACAUGGGCCACAACGGAUACAUCAACACCGUCACCAUCUCCCCCGACGGCUCCCUCUGCGCCUCCGGUGGCAAGGACGGCACCACCAUGCUCUGGGAUCUUAACGAGUCCAAGCACCUCAGCAUCAUCGUCUUCGAUCUCGAGAAGAAGUCCAAGGUCGACGAGCUCAAGCCCGAGUUCACCGCCGUCGGCAAGAAGAGCCGGGAGCCCGAGUGUGUCUCCCUUGCCUGGUCCGGCGACGGCCAGACUCUCUUCGCUGGUUACACUGACAACAUCAUCCGUGCUUGGGGCGUCAUGUCGAGGGCAUAA